UCAGUAAGUCACAACUAUAAGACUUGUAAUCUUGCUUUUCUACAAGUUUUCAAUUACAACGUUUAAACUCAUCCUCAACCCUUUUACUUGUUCCCCUACUUUCUGCUUCUCAAUACGCUCCAUUUCUCUCUCAUCCUAAAGGAGCCUUUAAUAGCAGCAGAUUGGAGCAACAUUGAUUUGGUUUCAUGAUUUGUAGUAUGCUUCAAGGCCUUGCUUAAAAAACCAUGAUGGAUUUGUGGGGGAAAAUGUAAAAAAAACCGGUGUUUUGUGCGGUGAGCUUGGCAGUGCGAGAUGGGGAGCAAAAAGGAAAGAAAGGUCAUUAUUAUUGAUCAGAAUGACAAAAAUCCAUGGUGGUGGUUACUUAACAAAGGUUUUGGAGCCUUGUUCUUGUGCAUCUCCCUUUUCGCGUUGCUAGUUAGGCUAGCUGUUUCACUUCAUCCUUACUCUGGUGCUGGAAAUCCCCCAAAAUUUGGCGAUUUUGAAGCGCAGAGGCAUUGGAUGGAGAUUACUACUAAUCUUCCUGUUAAGGAAUGGUAUCAUAAUAGCACUGCCAAUGACUUGAGCUACUGGGGCCUCGACUACCCUCCACUGACUGCCUAUCAGAGCUAUGUUCAUGGCAUCUUCUUGAAGUCAUUUCUCCCUGAAUCUGUUUCCCUUUUCACUUCUCGUGGUCACGAGUCUUAUCUUGGAAAGCUGCUGAUGAGAUGGACAGUCUUAUCUUCUGACAUAUUGGUGUUCCUGCCUGCCGUAUUUUACUUUGCUCUAUCAUAUAGCGCUAGCCGCCCUCGCAGGCAUCAGAGUGAUGUAGCUUGGCUUGUGGCAAUGAUUUUACUGAAUCCAUGUCUUAUUGUUAUAGACCAUGGCCAUUUCCAGUUCAACUGUAUCAGCUUGGGUCUCACUAUUGGUGCUGUUGCAGCUAUUAUCUCCAGUAGAGAGCUGGUAGCUUGUGCUUUGUUCACUCUUGCUUUGAGCCAUAAGCAGAUGAGUGCAUAUUUUGCUCCAGCAUUUUUCAGCCAUCUCCUUGGUAGAUGCUUAAAGCGUCGCAAUCCUUUCCUUGAAGUGUCAAAACUGGCCUUGGUUGUCAUUGGAACAUUUGCUGUAGUCUGGUGGCCAUAUCUGCAUUCAAAAGAAGCCUUUUUAGAAGUUCUGGCCCGUCUUGCUCCCUUUGAGAGAGGAAUUUAUGAGGAUUAUGUUGCCAACUUUUGGUGCACUACAUCAAUUCUAAUUAAGUGGAAGAAACUUUUUGAUAACCAGUCCUUGAGGCUUAUUAGCCUUGUAGCCACCGUGUCAACUUGUUUGCCUUCAAUGGUUCAGCAGAUAAAGGAUCCAAGUAACAAAGGAUUCCUCUAUGCCUUACUUAAUAGUUCCUUCUCAUUUUACUUGUUUUCAUUUCAAGUCCAUGAGAAGUCAAUCUUACUGCCUCUUCUGCCAGCAAGUCUAUUGGCUCUUGAAGAACCUUUGGUUUUCAGAUGGUUAACUCAUUUUGGGUUAUUCUCGAUGUUUCCACUCCUAUGUCGUGACCGGCUUGUUUUGGCAUACAUCGCACUCCUCUCUCUCUUCUACCUCCUCUUUUAUGCUCCCAGGAAGAAAGACUCAGGGAAGAUCAGAUCAUUUAUCACCUUCAAAUUAUUAGUCAUGAGCCUUCUUGUUUUUUGCUCUUUCGUGCUCCACGUAGUUUACAUGGUUAUGAAUCCUCCAAAAAGGUAUCCUUUCCUAUUUGAAGCUAUAAUUAUGUCUGUUUGCUUCUCUCAGUUUGUUUGGCUCGCACUUUAUACCAAUACAAAGCAAUGGCUGCUGCAUAAACAGCCUACUUCAUUAGAAAAGGAUAAGAAACUUCGUUGAUCUCGUUUAUGAUUAAUUGUUUCUAAUAUAACAUUUAAACAUGCCUUUUUAAUGAUAUAUUGUUGAUGAAUUUAAGUUUAAGCGUUUCUGAUUUGGAGCAUCAGGCUUUUUUAUUUCUUUGUACAGACAUACCUGGCCUUGUUUCUUUAGUUCCAGUCUAUUUAUUAACAGUGUACUAGGCUUAUCAUCUUGUAUGAAAUUUCUAUUCCAUGUACAUUUAUAGAAGUCGCUAUUUCACAAACA